AUGGCAGAGUCGAGUACCACAGCUGGGAAGAGAAAGUGCUCCCAAGAUCCGCAAGUGGAUGAGAAGCUCGUUCCCAAGCAAGGUCCAAGCUUCUGUUCCACUCGCUAUGGGAUAGCCUUUAUCGUACAUAUCUGCAACCUCAUAGCGGUAGCACAGUGUGUUGUCAUGAACAUCACUAUGGUAGCCAUGGUCAACAGCACGGACCAUCAGCUCCAGUUUAAUGGCUCUGCCAAGGGGCUGCCUGGUGACUCAUUCGGUGGCCUGAAUAAUGCCCCAGACAGUCUUCCUGCAGGGGCCCCCAUGUACGACUGGAGCCCUCAAAUUCAGGGCAUCAUCUUUAGUUCUGCCAACUCUGGCAUGAUGCUGACACUGGCCCUCAGUGGGUACCUGGCUGGAAGAGUAGGCACGAAGAGAGUGGUUGGUGUUUCGUUGUUUGCAUCCUCACUCCUCAGUAUCCUCACCCCCCUGGCGGCUGAGCUCGGACUAGUUUGCCUCAUUGCAACUCGAAUAGUCCAGAGCCUAAUACAGGGAUCAACAUUUGGGGGUCAGUAUGCACUUUGGGAGAAAUGGGGUCCUCCACAUGAACGAAGUCGACUCUGCUCCAUUGGCUUAUCAGGAAUGAUGCUGGGAACCUUCUUCAUCAUCCUCCUGGGUGGCAUCAUCUGCCAAACCCUUGGGUGGCCUUUUGCCUUCUAUAUCUUGGGAGGCAUCGGCUGUGUCUACUGCCUUCUCUGGUUUGUUCUGGUUUAUGAUGACCCCGUCUCUCACCCAUGGAUAAACAUCACAGAAAAAGACUAUAUCAUAUCCUCCUUGGCCCACCAGAUACAGGUCAGCCCUUGUAAGCAGCCUCUUCCCAUCACGGCCAUGCUCAGGUCACUACCGAUUUGGUCCAUGUGUGUCUGCGGCUUUGGCCAUCAGUGGCUAACAGUCACACAGAUCGUGUACACACCAACUUACAUCAGCUCUGUGUUCAACGUUAACAUGAGAGAUAAUGGGUUCCUGUCUGCCCUUCCCUUUAUCAUCGCCUGGAUCUUUGGUAUCCUGGGAGGUCAAAUGGCAGAUUUCCUCCUGACCAAGAAUUUUAGGCUUAUUACUGUGAGGAAAACUGCCACAUUUCUAGGAAAUUUCCCAUCUUCAGUGCUCCUUGUGGUUCUGCCCUACCUCACCCCCAGCUACAUCACGACAAUGACCAUCCUAACGCUCUCGUGUGGACUAUGCGCCAUAUGUCAGUCAGGGAUCUAUAUCAAUGCCUUAGAUAUUGCUCCAAGACAUUCCAGUUUUCUCAUGGGAGCCACAAGGGGAUUCGCAUACAUAGCAGCAAUCCUCGCACCCACCGUCAAUGGGUUUCUCCUCAAUCAGGACCCUGAAUUUGGGUGGAGAAAUGUCUUCUUGUUGUUGUUUGCCAUUAACCUACUAGGACUGAUCUUCUACCUUAUAUUUGGAGAAGCAGUUGUCCAAGACUGGGCAAAGGAGAGGAAACUCACUCAUUUAUGAAGUUAUUCCACCUUGAUAUGAUGGAGAGUCACCGGGCACCUUCCUUCACAAAUGAGAAGCCUUUGGUGAUGAAAAUACCAACAGAAAGAAUUUCAUUUGCCUGGUUCUUUUCGAAUCUGAGAUCAGUUCUUUAUGUUACUAAGCUUUCUUUUUGAGGAAAAUGUAAGAAGAAUGAAAAUUCCAAUAAAGUAAUAGC